UCGCAUGCGUAUCGUAGCACACGCAUCCAAAAUGGCGGCUCGCUACAGAAAUAUAUUUUCUCUUGUAAGCAAUAAUUUUCUCCCAAGAGCAUUAACAACGCGAACUAUCCAAACAUGUCAAAGACACAGAAAAAGGAAGGAAGUCCCUUCCUUUAAUGAUGAGAGCGUAAACACAAUUCUCAGACGGCUGACAGGAUGUGAUGUCGAAAAGAUAUUUUCCAAUCGCAAGCAGGCGCUGGAAGUCCACGCGUACCAACUCAUGACGGACGAGGAGCUUCUAGCGGCUGAGGAAGAUGCCGAAUCAAGGGCGCGGUCAAUGCUGGAAAUGCCUCCUGUUAUGGAAGAGAGAGAGGAAAUAAAUGAAGUCAUUGGUACUGAUGAACGACUUGCAGGAUACGACUCUGCUAAUCUCAUCUUCACAGAUAUCAGCAUGAGUGCUACAGAUAGGACUCGUAAUAUAGUUGUCAGAGAGCCUGAUGGUCGUCUCCGUAAAGCCAACUGGUCAGAAAGGGACAGAAUGAACUUUAUCUACUUUCCCAAAGAAGGACGCAAGUGGAAAAUGCCAGAAAUGCUCACAGAAUCAGGAUUACAGGUACCAUUGUCUCAAAAUCGUCACGAAGAUGUUCUUGACCUGGUUUGUGUGCAGUGUGAACCUGACUCGCCUGAUUUCAUACGAGUGCACCAGCAUGUGUAUGAUGAUAUCAAUGCUAACAGCAAAUUUGAACUGCUGAGAUCUACUCGACACUUUGGUGGCCUUUUGUACUACUUAACAAGGCUCAGGAAACUCGAUAAUCUUCUGGAUGAGCUGACCGAUAGUGGGAGAUUCCAGGAUGCCAUAGAUGUUGUGAGCCUGCACCACAUCCUCCACCCUCACCUUGAGACAGCGGUACAGGCCCAAGAGGCCAAGCUCUCAGACAUGGAUCUGCUCUUGGCAUAUUUAAGGCGCGAAGGCCCAACAGAAUCCAUAAAGAGAGUAGAGCAAACUUUAGCUGAGCAACAAAAACAGAAAAGGGCUUGAGAUAGAAAUGCUGUACUGUAUGUUCUUCCAGACUUGGCGACCAGUAGUCUGUAUAGCAAUCCCAAGGAAUUCGGGAAAGAACAGAACUGCACUGCCUUGAAAUAUUGGGAAGGGUACAGAAACAUUAAGAAAAUAAUGGGAGAAGUGGGGCGUUCAUAGCCAUGCUCCUUGUCAUUUCCUUAUUAUUAAAAAAAAAAAAAAAUUUGGGAGGGCACAUGCUAUGGGUCUGAAGAGGAGAGAGGGAAACAAGGCAUGCCACAGGUAGCCCAGGGUCUGUCAACGAGCUUUAUGCAAGUAUUCUUCCAUAAAAAUAUAAUAAAUUCAAUCCAACUUGAUGUAGUACUUGUAGUAUUCCCUCUAUCACACUCCCACUUUCUAUUGUGGAAAUGAUCUUAAAUUUUUCAAGUACUACAUCAAGUUGGAUUGAAUUUAUUACAUUUUCAUGGAAGAAGACUUGCAUAAAGUAACAACUCCAUAUGUUCUCUUUAUUUACGGUCAAUGAGCUGAUCGGUUCAAAUUACUCAUUGACAGAGCCUGGGCUACCUGUGGGCAUGCAUGCUAGGAUAGAUGGAGACGAGGCAUGCACACUAAGAGGACGAAAGGGUAAGGGAGGGCUUGCAGCCAACCCUGUUUUUUUAAGGUAAACAUUCACUCAGUGAACAUCCAUUUCCUAAAUCCUUCUUCCCAAUAAAAAAAAAAUUACAACCAA